AUGAUGUGGGCAACACUCUUCCUCAUGGGCCAGGUAGGGGCCGAGGAUUCCAUUAGCUGUCUGCAGUCUUCAAAGGCACGCCAGGUCCCGAACCCAUGGCCUGGUCCGCCUCUGCGACAGACCCCUUGUGCUCUCUAUGACUUGGGUUGCCAAGCCCAACAAAUGGCGUGCAACUACGCGACGAUGAUGACGUCAGAUUGGCCGGUGUCAUCGUACCCAGAGCUGAGCGCUAUCCAGGUCCAGUUGCAAGCAGUGUGUCAAGGAAGUCUGCAGGUGCUGAAUCCCAAGCCACCCGCUGAGUCAAAUGUCGCCAAGGCUCCCUGCCCAGAAAACCCGGAAGUGCAGGAAGUAUCAUCAAAUGAUGGAACUCCCGAGCCAUCCAAGGUACUGCCAAAGGUCGAAAGUGAUCCCAAGCCAUCCAAGGAGCUACCGUCAAAGGAGACAAACACCAUGUCAUCCAAGACAGACCUCUUCGAGAUGGGCAGUUCGCGAAGUGAAGGCGGGCUGGCAGCCCCCUUUGCUUGCCCAGCAGCUCAACAAUGCGCCGUUGAUGUGGCCACCUAUGUCUCAAAGCAGAAUCCGGCCGCAAAGUACGCGCUGGCCGCUGAGAAGUCUGUGGCACGAACUGCAGUGGACGCCCUGAAAGAAAUCUUGAAAAGCGCUGCGGUGAUCGCGCUGCAGGGAUCCAUCGCCUUCUCCUUCAUCGGCAAUAUCUUGAAUAACUUCUUCCCAGGUGCAGCAGGGCUUCCAAGCAAUCCCUGCACCUUCGCCACGUCCACGGAUUGGGGCAAGUGCGUUUGGCAAGAGAUCUUGCCUUUCGUGCAGACCUUUGUAUCGCAGCAAUUUAAUCAGGCGUUUGAGAGCUUGUGGCAAGCCACCAUUCUGGGCUACCAGUCGAGAUUGUGGGCUUUGAAUACCACGGCAUACCUAAACUCUGUACACUGGCCAAACGGGACGGUGAAGUAUAUGUCAAACGCCACUAGGGACAGGAUGUACACCGAGCUCGCCAAUGUUCACAAUGCUAUGCUUGGUAACAUCAAUUUGUUCAAGACCGGCUACGCGAUCAACACCACUGCAGGGGCCUAUUUGGCUCACUUUGCGAGUUUGCACAUUGGUGUGAUGAGCAACUUGAUCGGCUUUCCCACUUAUCGAACUGCCGGUGACAAGUAUGUCUUCCAGACGAUCACGGCGUGCUACGCGCAAGCUGUCUAUCAAGCUGCUACUCAGGCUUACAAGGCCCGGAUGGCAGCUAUGACACAGCAGACUCAACAAAGCGGUGCACAGUGCGGAGCGUUCCAGCCCGCCUAUUGCUUGUUGUGGGGCGGUACCUUCACAGACAGUUGGACCGGCUGCGCUUGGGGUUUCAGCGCAACGUCUACAUCAUGCAUCUCAGGGCCUUGCGUGGUUCCCUCAGAUCCCAAUACCCCGAUUGCUGCGCAGCAGUGCUUCUACGACCACAAGAAGUGGGUGGAGAAUCAAACUGUCAGUUUCUGGGUAAGCUGGCUGGCACUGCUGCCCAUGUGGUUGGCCAAUGUUAUGACCAUGCAGAAUAUCUCUGUGAUGAACCUUACCACGAUGACUGCGAACUUUAACUUCUCUUGCCAGGCCUUUUGA